GUGGCGCGCUUGGACGCGCGUGUGUGUGUGUGUGUGUGUGUGUGUGUGUGUGUGUGGGUGUGUGUGCGCGCGUGUGUGCGCGUGUGUGUAGAGAGAAAAAAGCACGAGCGUCUGUGCGUGUGUGUGGUGGCUGCGCGCGCCAAAGACGUUCCGCCGAGUACGUAAGGACGGGUUUUCGUACACAGUCGUACCGCGGUUACCGCUGUCGCAAUACCACCACGAAAACAUCUCAUCGGUACAAUAGUAUAACAGUAUAACCGUCGGUGAUCGCCGCACCAUACAAUACACACUGUAAUAAUAUCGUUUCCGAGGCCGAGACGUCGCGUUGUCCGUCGCAUAGCUGACCGUCACCUCGGGAAACCGGCCCACCCGCGUUCACCGGCCGAGGACGCCGCGUCGCUCCUGGCCGCAGCGGGCUUUCCUGUCUCCCGUGUAUUUGGGCACGUGCCACACCGACGGGCGGCGUCGUACCGGUCCACCGCCGCCGUCACAGCAACGGCACACGAGCGUCCGCCGCCGCUGCCGUUAUAAUGGACGCGACGGUCGGCCACCGUCCCGCGGACACCCAUCGGCGCCCCAACACUGGUGACGGGCUCGGCGACGACCAGCAGCUGGUGUACGGCUGUCAGCGACGACAGGACGACGGACGUCAGAAGGAGCCACUAAUCGUUGUUGGCCGCAACACGUCCUGUUGAUAGGAGACCGGACGUCGACGACGAGGACGGGUCGCGCGCGCCACCGCAACCGCCGCCGCCGCCGCUGAAUGGGACAUGGGAAUACUCCCGGAUCUGCUCAUCGUCUACCUAAUCAUUGCAGAAACGCUAUGCGGACCUCACGAGAAGCGAUUGCUCAACGAUUUAUUAGACCCUUACAACACACUAGAGAGGCCAGUAGCUAAUGAAUCGGAGCCACUACAACUUAGUUUCGGCCUUAUGCUCAUGCAAAUCAUAGAUGUGGAUGAAAAGAAUCAGCUGUUGAUUACCAACAUGUGGUUAAAAUUGGAAUGGAAUGACGUCAACCUCAGGUGGAACCACAGUGACUAUGGCGGUGUGAAAGAUUUGAGAAUACCACCGCACAAGAUAUGGAAACCAGAUAUGCUCAUGUAUAAUAGCGCUGAUGAAGGUUUCGACGGCACGUACGCAACCAACGUGGUAGUAAACAGCAAUGGUAGCUGUGUAUUCAUACCACCGGGGAUAUUCAAGAGUACGUGCAAGAUCGAUAUCACGUGGUUCCCCUUCGACGAUCAAAAGUGUGAUAUGAAAUUUGGCAGUUGGACAUACGACGGAUUUCAGUUGGACCUUCAACUCCAAGAUGAUAAUGGAGGAGACAUCAGUGGUUUUAUUACUAAUGGUGAAUGGGACCUGCUUGGCGUUCCCGGAAAGCGCAAUGUGAUCUACUACAGUUGCUGCCCCGAACCGUACAUAGACAUAACGUUUUCCAUCCUAAUUAGAAGGCGCACCCUGUAUUACUUUUUCAACCUGAUAGUCCCGUGCGUGUUGAUUGCAUCUAUGGCCGUACUAGGAUUUACUCUACCGCCGGACUGUGGCGAAAAACUAUCUCUAGGAGUGACAAUCCUCCUAUCACUGUCCGUAUUCUCACUCAUGAUAGCCGAUGCCUUACCACAAACAUCUGAAGCUAUCCCCUUACUAGGUACUUAUUUCAACUGUAUCAUGUUCAUGGUUGCAUCUUCAGUCGUGUCUACAAUCAUGAUCCUGAAUUAUCACCACCGUAAUGCGGACACUCACGUUAUGUCCAAAUGGGUGAAACUCAUGUUCCUGGUGUGGAUGCCGUGCUUGUUGUGCAUGAGCCGACCGGCUCGCGACGAUCCGCCCGGCAACGGUAACAAGUCAGACUCUAAGAACAAGUCGGCGGCGUCGUCCAUCCACCACCUGCCCGACCUGGAGUUCCGGGCCAAAUCGUCCAGGAGCUUGCUGGCCAACGUGCUCGACUUGGACGACGACCUGCGCUCGUCCACGCGGAGCUACCCGGGCGCCCGGAGCCAAGUGGCGCCGAUGCCCGAGCACGUCAUGGUCGAACAGCAGCAGCAACAGCACGCGAUGAUGGCCGGCGGCGGCGGCGGCGGGGCGGCGUCGGCGGCGAGUUCGUGUCUAGGACCGCACCGCGAGCUGUCGCUCAUCCUCAAGGAGCUCCGGGUGAUCACGGACAAGCUGCGCAAGGACGAGGAGGACGAGGAGAUCACCAACGACUGGAAGUUCGCGGCCAUGGUGGUCGACCGCAUGUGCCUGUACAUAUUCACCUUCUUCACGGUGGCCGCCACCAUAGCGGUCCUCAUGUCCGCGCCGCACGUAAUCGUCACGUGAUCGCGCCACCGACGUGAUCGCGUCCACUUCCGGUUCCAGCUUCACUCUCUCUACAUACAUAAUAUGCAUAUACAUAUAUAUAUUGUUAUAUAUAGGUAAUAUAAAAUGACGGAUGCAGUGAGGCAGCUCUAUAUUAUAUUAUUAUAUUAUGACGACCACACGAAGUCGCAUCUACAUAGCACGCGGAAAAGUGACAUGUAGAAAUCGGUGUGGUACCGUUUUAAAUUAUUCAUACGAGAUAACUAUAAUGUUAUUAAAUUAUUAUUAAUAUUAUUAUUAUUAUAUACUCCUAAUAUCUAAAAACUAUUAUAAAACUAUAAUUUUUUUUUUCUCGAAACUACUUCUUUUCUAAUGGUUCACUAUAAAGUAUAUCUAUACGUAUAUCUAUUUGGUUUGCUAUGUAAUAAUAAUAAUGAUAUAUUACUCUGGCCCUGCUCCUUGAAACGAAUUAAAAUGAACGAACAAAAAAUAUCCAGUAGAUUUUCUAUUGACGUAAAUCUGUUGCAUAAAAUAUGAAAUUGACACGUCAAACACAUUACAUCGGUAAAUAACAUUAAUAAUACGCGUAAAUAACAUUUCAGAAACGAACA